CUCAUCAGCUGCAUCCAGAGCUGCCCGGGAAGAAAUCUCCUCAAGCCGGAACCCCAGGCCCACUGCUCUGAGGGGACGCAGGAGCAGCUCCUGAGUCAGUCAGAGGGGACAGAGGCAAGAGGACAGAGAGGAGAGGCGGGGAGACAAAGACAGAGGGAGGUCGCCAGGACCAGGGAAAGGGGAAGUAGAGAUAGAAGUGAGCCCAGCACAGAGGGCCAGAGGAGAGAGGGAGGCAGAGGCUGCUCGGCUCAGUGUCCCUGGAGCCUCCCUCAGGCAGGAAGGCGAGGCUGCCCUGGGACCUUCCAGACUGGGACAGCAGCUCCACAAGCCUCACAUGGCUGCAGGUGCAACCACAGCUGUGGCUGCCUCCAGGAAGGAGUCUCCAGGCAGAUGGGGCCUGGGGGAGGAGCAGGCAGGCGCUGUCCCCUCGCGGCAGUGCCGCGUGUGUGGGGACAGCAGCAGUGGGAAGCACUACGGCAUCUACGCGUGCAAUGGCUGCAGCGGCUUCUUCAAGAGGAGCGUGAGGCGGAGGCUUAUCUACAGGUGCCAGGUGGGGGCAGGGAUGUGCCCAGUGGACAAGGCCCACCGAAACCAGUGCCAGGCCUGCCGGCUGAGGAAGUGCCUACAGGCGGGCAUGAACCAGGAUGCUGUGCAGCAUGAGCGCCAGCCACGAAGCACAGCGCAGACCCACCUGCACCGCGUGGAGUCAGAUAGGGAGCCCCCGCUGGAGCCCCUGGUGGCCCCCCUGGGCCUGGCAGAGCCCAGCCCGCAGGGCCCCACACCUGUUUCUGCAGCCAGAGCCCUGGGGCCCGGGGCCCGCACACCUCCAGGCCACCAUCACUUCAUGGCCAGCCUUAUAACGGCCGAAACCUGUGCUAAGCUAGAGCCGGAGGAUGUUGAUGAGAACAUCGAUGUCACCAGCAAUGACCCAGAGUUUCCCUCGUCCCCAUAUUCCUCCUCCUCCCCCUGUGGUCUGGACAGCAUCCAUGAGACGUCAGCUCGCCUGCUCUUCAUGGCUGUCAAGUGGGCCAAGAACCUGCCUGUGUUCUCCAACCUGCCCUUCCGGGAUCAGAUGACACCUCCGGUCCUACAGACACUGUGUGACAGGUGGUCGCACACACUGACCAGUGUGAUCCUGCUGGAAGAAGCCUGGAGUGAACUCUUCCUCCUUGGAGCCAUACAGUGGUCUCUGCCUCUGGACAGCUGCCCACUUCUGGUGCCCCCUGAGGCCCCGGCUGCUGGCAGCUCCCAGGGCCGGCUGACCGGUGCGGAGAUGCGCUUCCUGCAGGAAACCACCUCCCGGUUCCGGGCGUUGGCGGUGGACCCCACAGAGUUUGCCUGCAUGAAGGCCCUGGUGCUCUUCAAACCAGAAACGCGGGGCCUGAAGGAUCCUGAGCAUGUGGAGGCCUUGCAGGACCAGUCCCAAGUGAUGCUGAGCCAGCACAGCAAGGCCCACCACCCGAGCCAGCCUGUGAGGUUUGGGAAAUUGCUCCUGCUCCUCCCAUCUUUGAGAUUUAUCACUUCUGAACGCGUUGAGCUCCUCUUUUUCCGCAAGACCAUAGGUAAUACUCCAAUGGAGAAGCUCCUCUGUGAUAUGUUCAAAAACUAAUGGGGGGGGGAGCCUGGCUGGUGUGGCUCAGUGGUUGAGCAUGGACCCAUGCACCAA